AAAGGAAAAGGGAGAAAAAAGAAGGCAAAAGAAGAAAGAAGGAGGAAAAAGGAGGAAAAGAAGGAAGGAGUGGAGAAACGACAGCAGCGAAACGGCUGCAAAGAGCAUCUUUGCCGGGCCGAGUUUGCAGGAAAACACAGGACUGACCUCUCCCUGACGCUGCUUUGGCUCCAUCAAACUCAAUUCCUCCUAGUUUUACCUUCUGAGGGAGAGGUUUGGGAUGCGGCUGUUCCUGGACGGACCCGGAGCGUCCCCAGGGGCCUGAUCCGGACCCGCCUGAGGCAGGACGCCACGGUGAGGGUCUCAAUGGAGCAGCCGCCCAAGCAAGGAGGGACGGUCCCGGCCCCCUCCAGCGCCGAAGGGACCCGCCAGGUCCCGGAGGAGGCCGUCGGUGGGGAUGAAAUGCCGGCUGGUGGCCGGGAGAGCCCGGCACCGGCCGAGCCACGCGGCGCAGAGGAGGACGUGGCUCCCAGCCCUGGCGUGGGGCAGCCGGGCUGCGCCCUGCACCUCCCCUCCGAUGAGCAUCCCAGGGAAGAUGCUGGGGAGAAACAGCCCCAGGAAAGCAGGGGGUCCCCGCUGGGUGCCCCCCUGCCCAGCCUGGGUGCCGGGGCGGUGGGGUUACCGGCUGAGCCCCCCCGAGCCCGGACCCCCACUCGGGAAGCGGAGGCGGAUUUUUAUUGCGUGAAGUGGAUCAGCUGGAAAGGCGAGCGGACGCCCGUCAUCACGCAGAGCGAGAACGGACCCUGCCCACUCCUGGCCAUCAUGAACAUCCUCUUCUUGCAGUGGAAGGUGAAGCUGCCCCCGCAGAAGGAGGUGAUCACAUCCGAGGAGCUGAUGGCACAUUUGGGGGAUUGCAUCUUGUCCACCCAACCCCGGGAGCCGUCAGAGGGGCUGCAGCUCAACUUCCAGCAGAACAUCAACGACACCAUGAUGGUCCUCCCCAAGCUCUCCACGGGGCUGGACGUCAACGUGCGGUUCACGGGUGUCUCGGACUUCGAGUACACGCCCGAGUGCAUCGUCUUCGACCUCCUCAACGUCCCGCUCUACCACGGCUGGCUGGUGGACCCCCAGAGCCCCGAGGUGGUGCGAGCCGUGGGCAAGCUCAGCUACAACCAACUGGUGGAGAAGAUCAUCACCUGCAAACAGGCCAGCGACUCCAGCCUGGUGAGCGAAGGGCUGGUGGCGGAGCAGUUCCUGGAGUCCACGGCCUCCCAGUUGACCUACCACGGGCUGUGCGAGCUCACGGCCGCCGUCAGGGAGGGCGAGCUCAGCGUCUUCUUCCGCAACAACCACUUCAGCACCAUGAUAAAGCACAAGGGCCACCUCUACCUGCUGGUGACAGACCAGGGCUUCCUGCAGGAGGAGAGGGUGGUCUGGGAGAGCCUCCACAACGUGGAUGGGGACAGCUGCUUCUGCGACACCGAUUUUCAUCUCAGCCACGCUCCGGGCAAGGAGGGGGCCGCCACAGCCCCCCCGGAUCACCGGCUCCAGCAGAGACAAGUGGACCAGGAUUAUAUGAUCGCCCUGUCACUGCAGCAGCAGCAGGGACACGACCCCUCCGCACUGAGUGACCUGGAGCUCGCUCGCCAGCUGCAGCAGGAGGAGUAUCAUCAUCAUCAUCAUCAUCAUCAACAGCAGCAGCAGCAGCAGCAGCAGCGGCCGGUGCCAGCGCAGGGCCGCGCGCGGCCGCCGGCCGGAGAGCGGAGGCAGCGGCAGAAGCCGGACUUGGACUGCACCCUCCUCUAGCCCGGCCCCCCGUGGGGGCCCCCACACCCCCCUGGCCCCCCCUGCAGCUCCCAGCCAGGCUGGGGCAUGUGGGGGGUGCCCGGGGCCCCCCGAGUCCCCGCUCGCAUCUCUCCGGGGAGAUCCCCCGGGGGUCCCUGGGGACAGGAGUGGGGACACACAGAGAAUUACCUGUCACCGGGACCACCCAAAUCUUUCCAGUGGCCUUAAUAUGAGGGGGCCCCCCCACCCGGGGGGGGGGGUCCCACCCCUUGGUCCCUGCUCUGAGACGUGGGGGGACACGCGUCUGGCGGGGGGGACAUGCACCCCGUGUCCGAAAUGUGGCCUUAGCCCUUGGCAAAUAAAGGACUUGUCCUCA